ACAUGUCUUGUAAUCCACUUGAUGAGGAAGCAAAAAAGGCCACUCUCAAAUCAUCAUCGUCAUCAUUGAAGUUUGGCGUACUGAGCACUAAUUCAGAAGAAGUUCUUCUUGCAGGCCUUAGUCAAAUUUCCAAAAGGCUUCAGCUAAAGUCAUUAAAGUUUUAUAUGCUACUCUCGCGGAAGAUCCGCAGCACAUGGGAUGAUCAUCCAACGGCCGAUCUAUUCUCCGUUAGCCCUAACGGUAACGUCAACUUCAAUAACGCCGACGACUACUCUUGUUUCCUCUCACCAGACUCUCUAACGGCCCUCCCACGUUAUCUCCCGUCAAAUACAGACGACCUCGACAUCUACUCCAACUCCAACGACGACGUUUUAGGUGAUGAUUUGGAUCUGCCGGUGGACUUCUCCCGGUGCGAUCAUUUCCGGAUGUUCGAGUUCAAGGUUCGAAACUGCGCACGUGGGAGGUCACAUGACUGGACGGACUGUCCUUACGCUCACCCCGGAGAGAAGGCUCGCCGGAGGGACCCACGUAAGUACCACUACUCCGGCACAGCUUGUCCGGACUUUCGCAGAGGUAACUGCGUAAAAGGGGACGCGUGUGAGUUCGCCCACGGCGUAUUUGAGUGUUGGCUCCACCCAUCUCGCUAUCGUACGCAGCCCUGUAAAGAUGGGCUGAACUGUCGAAGGCGGGUCUGUUUCUUCGCUCACUCGCCGGACCAGCUCCGCGUACUGAGUCCGAGAACAGAGUCAUACGAUGGACUGAGUCCGAGAAACGAAUCAUACGAUGGGUCCCCUCUUAGGUUGGCUUUGGAGGGUUCUUGUAAGAAGGGGUUAACUUUUAUUUCGUCGCCGGAAUCGGUUUCGCCGUCGACCGAGUCUCCGCCGAUGACUCCAAUGUAUACGAACUCACUAAGUCGGUCAUUGGGUUCGAACUCGAUUGACGAAAUGGUGGUUUCUCUGCGUCAUUUACAGCUGAACAAGGUCAAGUCUAUGCCAUCUUCAUGGGGCUUACAGGUAAGUUCUUCGGGGGUCGGGUCGCUGAGAGUACCCAUAAACCGAUCCGGAUUCUGUAGCCUACCUUCCACUCCGACUCGGGCUAUGACCCGGUUCGGAUUUGGUCACUUUGAUCUCCGGGACAAGGACGGUUGUGAGGAGGAGCAAGUGAUGGAGAGGGUCGAGUCAGGAAGGGACGUGAGGGCCAAGAUGUUUGAGAAAUUAAGCAAGGAGAAUCCGUUGGAUCGGGUUGACCCGAAUUCUUUUGGUGUUUUAAAUGCGGAUUGUUUUGGUUUCUGA